UAAUGCUAGUGGAUUAUAGCGAUGAUGAUCAAGAAAUUAUACAUAAUAAACCAAAGUCAAUAUUAGUAAACCCUGAGGUUGAUUGCUCACAUUUAGUGAAGAAAAAAGAGGAAGAAAAAGCUCUUGAAUUAUCAAAAACAUAUAAUUUUUUGGGUUAGAAAAAGAAUCAUUUAACAGGGAAUGUGGAAUCUGUAUACUAUAAUGAUGCUGUAUUUGAAGAAUAAUUUCAUAAAUUUAAUGUUUAUGGAUUUGCGGUAGAUCCAAAUGGUAUAAUGAUCAAUUUAAAUUAGAAAGGAAUAGAAGAGUGAUAGCAUGUAAUUAAAAAUAAGAGGAAUUAUCAAAUUUAAUGAAAGAAGGUUAUGAUGUAGAUGCAUCAGAUCCACUUUUUAGUAAAAAUGCAUUAGCUGGUAUGCACAAAGAUGACAAAAUACGAUAAUAAGAAUUAAAAUCUAAUAGAGUAAAAGCGAAUGAUCCAUCAAAAGGAGAAUUUAUGGGACCUUGGGCAGGAUAAUAAGAUGAAUAAUUUGAAAAUAUUCAGAUGAAUGAAGAAUAGCAGAGAUUGCUAGAUUAAUUAGAAGAAUAAAGAAAAUAAAAGAUUGAUGAAUCAAAAAAAUAAGAGGAAAAUUUUGUUCCUUAUAUGGAAUAGCAUGUAAGUUAAACAGAAUAAUUUGGAGGAAGACAAUUUAUAGCUCCUCCACCUGAAUUAAAAUAUGUUGAUCAUACAUGUUAUAUACCGAAAAGAUGUAUACAAACAUUUCAUGGACAUACAAAGGGAGUUCAAGUAUGUAAAUUCUUUCCAAAAUUUGGUCAUCUGAUGUUAAGUGGUAGUUUAGAUAAUAAAAUAAAGAUGUGGGAUAUAAUAGGUAAUAAAUAAUGUGUUAGAACAUAUUAUGGUCAUUAAGGAGCAUUAAGAGAUCUUAAUUUUUCAAAUGAUGGUAGAACAUUUUUGUCUGCAGCUUAUGAUAAAAAGAUUUUAGUUUGGGAUACUGAAUAUGGGAAAGUUACUUAAACAAUAAAUUUAUAACAUUUUCCUUAUUGUGUAAGACUAAAUCCAGAUCCUGCAAAAUAACAUUCAUUUCUUUUAGGAUCAUCAGAUAAACGGAUUAAAUAGUUUGAUAUUAGAAGUGGUUAAUAAACAUUAGUUUAUGAUGAACAUUUAUAAGCAAUAAAUACAAUUACAUAUUUUAAUUAAAAUAGAAAAUUUGUGUCUAGUUCAGAUGAUAAGAAACUUUUCAUUUGGGAAUUUGGUAUUCCUGUAGUAAUAAAACAUAUAAGUGAUCCUGAAAUGCAUGCAGUAACUGCUACGGCUGUUAAUCCAUCAGGACUUAAUUGGGUUGGAUAAUAAAGUAAUAAUUUAGUAAAAUAUUUAUUAUAUAUAUUUUAGAUUAUUGUUUAUGAUACUAAAGCUGGAAAUUUUAGAAUGAAUAGAAAAAAGAAUUUUAAAGGUCAUGUUUCUGCUGGUUAUGCUUGUGGUGUCACAUUUUCUGCUGAUGGUUAAUUUUUAGCUUCAGGAGAUUCAGAAGGUAGAGUUUUCUUUUGGGAUUGGAAAACAGCUAAAAGUUAUAGAACCAUCUAAGUAAUUAUUAUAAUUAAUACAUUUAGGCUCAUGAUAACGUUUGUAUAGGAGUUGAAUGGCAUCCUAUAGAACCAAGUAAAGUUGUUACUUGUGGAUGGGAUGGAGUACUUAAAUUAUGGGAUUGA